UAUCAUUCAAAUAUAAUCGAUUUUAAGAGCUGUUAAUAUUAUGCUCAAAUUAAGUAAUUUUUGUUUCUAAUUCGCCAGUUGUUGACAAUUGUUUGGUUUUAGGUGGAUUUUUAAUUUUCCAUUAUUUAAUAUUCAGUACUAUUUAAAAAAUCGAAAUCGGGUUAGUACAUUAUUUGGUUCAUUAAGUGUUAUCGGUUGUUAAAUUGAUGUUUUAUCUUACGGAGUAAAAUAAAAAGAUGCUUGGUGCCAUACCUUGCCCUCAUAUAACUGCUUUAGACCAAGCCAAAUUUCAGCAGCAGUACAAUGAUGAAUUAGAGCAUCGAAAUCGUAUUCACUUGGAAUGUUAUAUAUGUGAGAGAACUGGACAAUAUCUUUGGAUAUGCUUGCAUAAUGACUGCUUUAAGGUGUUCUGCUCUGAUGUCCCUCCAAACCAUGUACUUUCUCACUACAAGAAAGAUACGACUCAUUGUCUUCACAUGAACCUUUCAAACUACAGAGUUUGGUGUCAUGAAUGCCACAGUGAAAUUAACUUCCAGAAGGAUUCCAGUGACAAAGAAAACACAACCAAAGGAUUAGUGGGCCUGCAAAAUCUUGGAAAUACUUGUUACAUGAAUGCAGCUCUUCAGUCCCUUGUCAAUACUCCUCCUCUUGUUGAUUAUUUCCUCAACUGUUCCUUAAUAAGUGGACCUAAGCCUCAAGUAACGAGGGCAUUUCACCGACUUGUAGUGGACAUUUGGAGCAGAGGAGAUGGUUACCUUGCUCCUCAGGGUCUCUUAUAUGCCAUCCGUCAUAGCCAUCCAAUGUAUAGGGGUUUCCAGCAACAUGAUUCUCAGGAAUUCUUGCGAUGUCUUUUAGACCAGAUUCAUGAAGAAAUGAAAGCUCCUUGCCUUGAACCAUUGCGCCAGGAACAUUAUUUAACUGAAAGAGAAGAUAUGUCUGAUGUGGAAAAUGCCUCUUCUGAAACAGAAGACUAUGAGACCUGUGAUUCUGGAGUUUCAGAGCAAAGUUCUCAGAGUGAUGAAACUGGAGGAAGAUUAUCUAUGAAUAGAUCAUCUUCUUUUAUUGAGAAGAUUCAGUGGAAACAACAUUUCAUUGCUUUAAAUGGUACCCCUGUGAAAGUGAAAAAACAGCUAAGCUAUCGAAGUAUUGUUUCUGAUGUAUUUAAUGGCACUCUGCUUAGCUCUGUUCAAUGUUUGACCUGUAACAGGGUGUCAUCCAGAGUUGAGACAUUCCAGGACCUCUCCUUACCGAUCCCUAACAGAGACACCAUUUACAUUCUCCACCAGAGUUCUGUUAGUCCUGGACCUACUAAAUGCUCUCAUCUUUACUCUCCAGAUCAGAGCUGGCUUUCUUGGUUGUGGGAUUGUGUUUGUUAUUGGAUCUGGGGACCACAAGUUUCAUUACACGACUGCCUUUCCGCUUUUUUCUCUGCUGAUGAACUCAAGGGAGAUAACAUGUAUAGCUGUGAAAAGUGUCAGAAGUUAAGGAAUGGUGUCAAAUAUUCCCGCUUAAUGUCUUGUCCAGAGAUACUCUGCAUACAUUUGAAAAGGUUUCGUCAUGAACCUGCUCUUCCUUCUAAAAUAUCAUCACAUGUUAGUUUUCCAUUAACAGGCUUAGACUUGGCACCUUUUAUGGGCAAAGACUGUAGGAAUGGAGUGACCAAGUAUGACUUAGUGUCUGUUAUUUGCCAUCAUGGGCAUGGUGGCUCUAGUGGCCACUACACUUGUUUAGCUAAGAAUAGGACAACUGGAGAAUGGUAUGAGUAUGAUGAUCAUUGUGUUACUCCCAUCAGUAAUGUAGCAUCUGCGAGAGCUUAUGUAUUGUUUUACAGAAAAGACAACUCAAAAAUCAGUAGAGCUCGGAAACGUGCUGCUAAACUUGAAGAAAUAUCUUCUUCAGAAGCAGAAAGGUAUUAUCUAGCGAAAGAUUGGCUGGUCAAAUUCAACAGUUUUUCAGAACCUGGUCCAGUUGACAACAGGCUGCUGCUUUGUCAGCAUGAUUGUCUUUUUCCUGGCACUGAAAAUGUGAUUGUCUCUGGAACUGUUUGGAAGUACCUCAUAACCAGGUUUGGUGGAGGCCCGGAAUGUCCAACUGAUAUUCUAAGUACUUGUGAUGUUUGUUCUGAGCUCUCAGGGGGAGAAUCAGAUCUUCUUAGAGUUCAAUUACACGAAUUUCACAGACUACAGACUUAUGGACUCCAUGAGAAACAUCCUAUAUCCAUUUAUUGGUUAUCAAGCUGGGAAAAUUAUGUGAGAGGAAGAACAACUAUCCCUCCUGGGCCAGUUUCUACAUCUGGUAAAACUUGUGAAGUGAGUUUGGGGAGGUGGGAACUUUUGACUUCACUAUACGGGGUAUUGCAGCAGUCAACAGAAUCUUCAGAUUCAGAUUCCAGGUCUCUUGAUGAGAGGAUAGAUGACAGUGGAAUUUGGUUGCAGAAUGUCAAAGAAAAAGGUACACUAUUAGGGAAUUUCAGCAUUGAUAUUCCAAAGCAUCCAGAAUAAUUUAAAUUGUAAUUGUUAGAUAUGUUCUUUUAAGAACAUCUUAAUUAAUAAUCUAUAUAUUAACUUGUUUGGAAUUCAUUUUAUAAAAAAGUGAAUGGAAUUGUAUAUUUAUAUAAAGAUACGAUACGAAUAAUUUUUACUUUUGAAAAAAGUAUUGAAUUCA